AUGAGGAAGAAGGGGAAGAAGAGGAAGAAGAGGAAGAAGGGAAGAAGAGGAAGAAGGGGAAGAACAGGAAAUGAGGAAGAAGAAGAAGAAGGGGAAGAAGGGAAAGAAAAGGAAAGAAGGAUGAAGAAGGAAGAGGAAGGGAAGAAGAAGGAAGAAGAAAGAAAAGGGAAGAAGAGGAAAAAGAAGGAAGAGGAGGAGAAGAAAAGAAAAGGGAAGAAGGGGAAGAAGAAGAGAAAAAGGGGAAGAAAGAGAAGAAAGAGGAAGAAGGGGAUGAAGAGGAAGAAGAGGAAGAAGAGGAAGAAGAGAAAGAUGAGAAAGGAAGAGAAAGAAAAGAGAAAGAAGAGAACGGAGGAGAGGAAAAGAGUAGAAGAGAAGAAGGGGAAGAAAUAG